AUUAUUUUUUGAACGACGUGCCCGCGCGGCAUCACAAUGAAGUUUCCCGUGAGUCGCGUCCUGACAGCCCUUUCCGUGCUUUGGUUUUGUUUGACAUUGGGCAAAAGUGAGGGGUUCGACUCGCAUGAGUACGGAGAAAAACUGCGGCUACAGAAUUUGACGGUGAACGAGGACUUGUCGAUGACAUCGGGGGUUGUAAAAUCAUUAUUUGAAGGUUUCGUUAAGAAAUACAAAAAAGUUUAUGCGAGUCCUACCGACAAGGCGAAAAGGUUGGAAAUCUUUUCGGAGAAUUUGAAGAUUUACAACACGUUGAAUAAGGCUGAGCGAGGAACUGCAACCUAUGGUGUGAAUAAGUUUUCGGAUAUGACAGUUCAAGAAUUCAAAGAAAAACUCUUAAAGUUUGACGCAAGAACUUUCCUGCAGACCAAAAAUGAGGUCUACGACGCCCCAGAGCUGAAAAGCAUGAGAAUUCCCAGGCGGUUUGAUUGGCGGACUAAAGGAGCGGUUACAAAAGUCAAAGACCAGAAAAAUUGUGGUUCCUGUUGGGCGUUUUCAGCAGUAGCCAACCUAGAGGGCCUAUACUAUGUUAAACACAAAAAACUUAACAAAUUUUCGGAGCAACAGAUCAUCGAUUGUGAUACGAACUCGGGUGGUUGUUAUGGCGGUUACAUGACGAACGCGGUGCAAUACAUCCACGAUGCGGGUGGAUUGGAGAGGUCCGCCACUUAUCCUUACAAAGCGCGGAAUCAGGCUUGUCGAUUCAAUGUAUCAGCGGCGGUCCUCAAGGUCAAAGGGAACCGCCUUCUCCCCAAAAACGAAAAAAAAAUCGCCAGGUUCUUGUUUAAGCAUGGCCCCGUCUCCGUGGCGCUCGACUCAACUGCCAUGUGGGGCUAUCAAGGUGGAAUUUCACAUCCCUCAGAAGAGCUGUGUAGCAAGAAUUCAGAAGAUGCUCAUCAUGCUAUUGCCCUGGUUGGUUACGGGGUGAGAACGGUAAAAUUAAACGGAGUGAAGAAGCGCUUGUCUUUUUGGAUCGCAAAAAAUAGCUGGGGUGAAGAUUAUGGAGAAAAAGGUUAUUUCUACCUUCAUAGAGGCGACAAUUCUUGCGGAAUCAAUAAUUUUGCCAGCUCAGCAGUGAUAGCCUAAGUAAGAGGUGGAAGAGAUGUACUCAAGACUGAACGAAGAUUUCGCAGGAAAUAGCAGAUUUUCUUUAUUUCGCAGUUCUCUUAUAAAUGAUCUCAUUUUUUAUACUUUACUUAGAAUAGUAGACAAAAAGUUUUACACAAAUAAAGUUAUCAACAUUUUUUACUUUUACACCUAAA